AUGGUGGCCUACAAAAGACCCCUACUGGGUAUGCGCCAUGUCCAAGUCAUCUUGAUUUUCCUCAACAUAACUUGCCUGUACAUAGGCCGCCUCAACGUCGGUGUUUCCGUGGUGGCCUUAACGAACUCGGAGUCCACAAACCCCAAUUUUACAGAGUAUGAAUGGACUCUGACCCAAAAGUCCUACAUCCUCUCCAGUUUCUUUUGGGGCUACAUAUUCACCCAGUUCCUGGGAGGAUAUCUGUGCAAGCGAUUCGGCGUGAAGGGCGUCAUGUUCUGGGGCUCCCUGAUAUCUGGCGUGGCCAGUGCGCUGACACCUCUCUUCAUUCACUUUGGCAGCUGGCAAGGCUACUGCGGCAUCCGGGUAGUGAUGGGGCUUGCCCAAGGGCUGAUAUUCCCCUGCAUCCAUCAACACCUAGCUAGAUGGUCACCCCCCGCGGAGAGAAACCGCCUGGGGGCUCUCAGCCACACCGGAAUCGAGUGUGGCAACGUGUGUGCCAUGUUCUUCAGCGGAAUGAUUGCAAAGAGCUCGCUGGGCUGGCCCGGAAUCUCGUACAUCUCCGCCGGAGUGGCUUUCGUAUGGUGUGCCUUCUGGGUCUUCUUCGCCGCCAAUAAUGCAACAGAGUCCCGAUUCAUCGGGGACGCAGAGCUGCACUACAUCGAGUCGUCGCUGAAGCACAAUGACGACUACCACAAGACCAUAAUCCCCAUUCCCUGGAAGGCGAUUUGGACCUCGGCUCCGUUCAUGGCCCUCUUUGUGGCACGCUGCUGUGAAACGUGGGGCCUGAGCACUCUGCAGGCCGAGAUUCCCUCCUAUAUGAACGGAGUCCUCGACAUGGACAUGAAGAGCAACACUUUCUUCUCGGCCCUGCCAUUCCUGGCCAUGUGGUGCAUGUCCUACGUGUACCUGGUCGCAGCCGAUGUCAUCUUGGCCAAAAACCGCCUGAGCCUCACGGCUCUGAGGAAGACCAUCAACUCGCUGGCCUUUUGGAUUCCCUGCGCCACCUUGAUUGGCAUCGGAUUUCUGGAGAAGGAGCAAAAGAAUCUGGCCAUUGUCCUGAUGACGAUUAGUGUGGGUGUCAAUAGUGGUGCCACCAUCGGAUCAUCCCUGAACACCAUCGACCUGUCGCCCAACCACGCCAGUAUCCUGAUGGGAAUCGUAAACACAGCUGCCAAUAUGGUGCCCAUAGUGACUCCACUGGUUGUGGGCUUUAUUGUGAAAGAUGAGGAGAGCCGCUCGGAAUGGCAAAUAGUAUUUAUUAUAGCCUCAGUGCUUUUCUUUAUCGGCAAUUGCGUCUUUCUGAUUUUUGGCACUGCCGUUUCCCAGCCCUGGGACGCGGAUGACUUCCUGCAGUCGCCCCAACCGGAACUGGCCAUAAAGCCAUCUCCUAAGGAAAUAUCCUUCAUAAAUAAUAAGAAAGAUCCCGCCGAAUCUUUGGAUAGAUAAUUUACAUAAUAUUUAUGCGAAUAAAACAAUUAACCUUA